AUGGAUUCUGUGCCUUCUCUCUCUGUCUCCCAAGAGGAGUUCCACCAGUUCCAUAGAAUUGACAGAGAACUCUACAAGAUCCUUGUGAUCAACCUCUACCGUGAACCAGCUGAGUCCAUGCAAGUCCUUGCCACGUGGCUCUGGUUGGAGAGGGUGGGAUUUCGUAACGUGGUGAAGAGGGUGUUGUCUUUGCCCAACAUUUUGAUCAAUGAAGUUGCAGAUGAAACGGUUUUGUGCUUGAACUGCAUUAACAACACCGUAAAAAUUUUACCUUCCUCUUCGGAAGGUAGUGACAUACCCCUUCUGCAAAGCCUUGUGGACAAGGAAAUCUCUCUCCAGUUCUUGUUUGAUAACCGUGUAAAAGUACUUCAAGGGGUUGCAAAAGUGGUGCAAGAGGUGUGUGUGAAAGCAUUCACUGACAUCAUGCAACAAGCUAUGGUAAGGAACACAAAUGAGAGAAUGAUGGAAACCCAAAAGGGGGUGACACCAAGCCCAGAGAACCAUUUCUGGUUUGGGUCAAUUGGGCCUUCAAAUCUGAGGCUUGGCAAGGUUGGUUCUGAGGUAAUGGUGCAGAACAAUGAAGUGCCAGCUGAUGAUAGGACCUUGUUUGUGACCUUCUCUAAGGGCUAUCGUGUGCAAGAAUGGGAAGUGAGAGAGUUCUUUACAAUGGCAUAUGGGGAUUGUAUAGAGGCCUUGUACAUGCAGGAAGUGCAGCCAAAUGAACAACCACUCUUUGCUCGCAUUGUUUUUCACAAGAUUUCCAUCAUUGACAUGAUUCUUAGAGGGGCUAACAAAGCAAAAUUUACCAUCAAUGGGAAGCAUGUUUGGGCAAGAAAGUUUGUGCCUAAACGCACAGCUACAAGGAGUGAGUUGUCAACACUUACUAACAUGCCCGGAGAAUCAUCUGGGUCUGGGUUAUAG